UAUACGCUAUCAAAAAAAUGCUGCAUCUCUUCAGAAACUGUGAGUAGAUCACAGGGGCAGAGCUUGUGUGCUUCUGUCAAGGCACAGGCAUCCUCCACAGGAGCUGCUGGUGUCAGGAGUGAGCCGUCACGAAGAAUGCUUUGUGUUAGAAAGGGAACCUGCUUGGUUUUGCAGGUCGGGCUGUGGCUGUGGACACAGCCAGGUCUAGCGCAAGAGUGCAGAAGCGGUAAUUUAAAGCUCGUCAACGGGAUGGAGAAAUGCUGCCCGGUUUGUUCAUCCAAACCAGAAAACCAAUUUACGCCGUGUGCUAAUGCAGAGGGUGACUGUAAAUGUGGGGCUGGAUACGAGUGCGCUGACCUAUCCUGCACGUCCUGCAAACAACUCCCACGGUGCAAGGCAGGCGAGGAAAUAAGAAGAACAGGCAGGAUUGAUUUUGAAUUCAUCUGCAAACCCUGCAAAAAUGGCACCUUUUCCAAAGCCGGGGACACCAGAUGCAAACCUUGGACUAAGCAUCCAGGUCCUAGAUGUGUAAUGAUCCAGCCAGGAAAUGCAACCCAUGAUGCAGAGUAUGGCAAAGAUGAACCUUCUGUGGAGCAAGGCAUCCUUUCAUCUUUGGAGUCCUCGUCUACCACGAUCAUGGCAAUCCUGACUGCAGUGGCUAUCUUCAUUCUCAUCCUGAUGACCUUCCUCUUGCACCUCUUCAUAUGGUCACUGAAGAAAGAGAAAGUCCACAUAGUUCAAGAACCUGAAAAUAAUUCCAUCUUGAUGCCACCACCAACAAGCCACCUUGUAGAAGAUACCUACAGCUGCCAGUUCCCCGAAGAAGAAGCUGGAGACAAAAUAAUUGAAGAAAAACCUUCUUGCAUCACCAUAUCGGGCCUGCACUGAAGAGGUGGAUGGAAGGCAAAUAUCGGUGAAAAGGGAAGAUUUGAAUGGCUUUUCACACACGGACAGACUGAAGGGUGGGGACAAAGAUAAUCUCAGAAACAUGGCAGUCUUGCAGUAGGAAUUGAGGAACUAUUCCCUCGAGCUGGCAUUUGGCUCAGCCCCUAUUCUUUUUGGCCAGUUCCUCCUAUUCUGAUCUAAGUCCUUUUCAGCUCAGCCUGGGACCAGAACAUUUUGUCCUUGUUCUUCCCGUAUGCAUCACGUGCUUAUAACCGCAUGGUGUCUCCCAUAGAGUCGCAUGUCAGUGGAGAAUCCGGGUCUCUGUUUUAAUAGCAUGAAAUUACUUAAACAGAAGCCAAGAUGCCAUUUUAAACAGAUAAAUUGAGGCCUGUUGAGUCCACAAUCUGGGUAUGCAAAUGUCCCUGGGCACUUAUGACAGCUUUCACUUGGAAGGCUUCAUAAUAACAAGGGCAUAAAUGCGCUUGCUCGGAUGAAAGGAGCAGAAGUGGCAAACGGUGGUUUAAGGACUAUACUCUGUGCUCUGUUGCAUGCAAUUAGAUUGCGUUUCACCCCAAAUAAGUGUUAGAUCGAGAGGCAACCCUUCAUGGAAUAUGUGAGACAUUUUGCCGGCUGUGGUGGAAACAGAAUUUCCUUGUUGCUUUUGACGAUGAUGCAAAUUGCAGUCUACAAUGCUGCUUCCUGUUUGGUUUCGGUGAGAGGCUGGUAGGGCCAUGUCACUGCGUGUGUGUGUAAGUGCCACUUCUGAGCUAGCCCUGGGCGCUUGUGCUCGUAGGGACUCUUCUCACAGGGACAAGGGCUUUGGAGACGUGUUUUGGCUGUAUGGAUUUGUUUCUGCAGAACACUCCCCCCCUCUCCCCAACCCCUUCUUCCUUGAUUCAAAUCAGUUUUUGUUCCAGGAAUAUUUAAAUAAAGCACCCCCAAGCCUGUCUGGAAAACUAAGCUGAAGGCGAUGCAGUCCAAGCAGCAAAGAUUCUGCGUGAUGAGUCCUCCUCCCCUGGCUCGGGGAAUAACCAGGAGAAUGAAACAGGAAACAAAAUAAAACUGGCUCCGUAUUUUGGCUAGAGGAACCUCAAGCCUCAUCCUCCCCGGGUGUAAGCCAGCCCAGCUCCAGUCUGGUAACCAGUGGGCUCUGAGGUUCCAGUUCCCCGUUUGCAAGAAGUAAAACUAGACCCCACCGAUUUUUACAUGGGUUUCCAAAUUGACAGGACAAAACCUCACCUUCCUAUUUCCCAGAGCCAAAGCCUCAGCUGAGGCUAGCCUCCGUCAGAAGAACUGCUUUGAUUUCCAUCAGCUGAGGAUGAUCCCAGGCCUCGGGUUCAACUAGCGACGCCUGGGGGGUUUUUGGAUUCGAUCCGAUUGCCAUGUAGGGUCAAUAGCCUGUCUCCCUUGGAAA